AUGCCGCAGUCGGCGCGGCUCAGCAAGGCAGCCGGCGGCCACAUCCGCGCCAACGGCUACAGCUACCGCAAGAAGAUCAACCUCGAGCUCGCGCGCAUCCGCCGCGUGCGCGACCUGCAGAUGCGCGGCGUGGCGCUCGUCGGGACGGCGAUUGCGGCUGCGCUCAUCUCGACCUUCAACUACCUCUACUCCGUCGCCGACGGCGUGGAGCCGUGGUGGCUGCCGCCGGCCGUCGUGCUCGGCGUCCUCUGCGUCCUCCUUCCCGCCGCGGCGGUCCUCGUCUACCUCCACCUCCUGCACAAGCGCAAGUCGGCGGGCUCGAGGCUGGGCGGCGGGCUCGGGCACGGCGCCUGA